AUGCUGUGGUUAGCAUUUGCCGCGUUGAUUGCCUAUCUUUUAUGGAAGUUUGUAUUGAAAUGAGUUCUAUUUGAGAACAUUUCGAUUCCUUCAGAUAUUCAGUAGUUAUCAUCAGCAAGGUGCUUUCCGUGCUCGCGAAAUGCAAAAUCCGCGUCGGGAGUGUUGGUUUCCUCAGAAUCCGCGACGUCAACGUCCGAUUGCCCCAGGGGCUUUCCGUUCACGUCGACAUUUGCUCUCUUCAAAUCGACUCUAAUCAUCCUAGGUAACUUUAUUAUCCAGAAACCUUCGAAAAUGUUGCAGUCGUCUGUUCGUUCUUCGAUGUGGAGACGUCAGGAUAGAAGGAGAGUCUCGGAUUUUGACUAGGAGAGAAAGCGAAGGAAAAGCCGCGACGUCUUCAGAAAAAGCGGCGUCUCUGGCCGGCUGGGGCCGUCUGACACUCCUGGCUCAGGCAUUUUCUGUAUAUCGCGUCUCUGUCAGAUGGGAAUUUGCAGUACGGCGGCCUCUUCGUCAACAGAGUUCAUCUUGUUCUUCUUGAAGUCGUCCCAGAAUGCAUGGUUCAUGUGACAGUCGACGAGCUGUCAGUGGAAACUUUUCGCAGUCGUGAAGGGUGAGUGGAGCUUUUUUAAAAUAAGGAAUGAAAAAAUGCGCUAAGAAGGUUUUGGUUGGUACUCGAUUAUACGUAUUCAAAACAUAUUUCCGUUUUUUUGGAGCCAAGUGGUAAGAAAACUUUUUUGAGGGUUUAUCAAUUUUCGAGUAAGCUCGAGUUUCAAAAAAUUCGGUAUGCACAGCCUAUUUAAAAUAGUUUCCUCAGUUGUUUUUUUAAACUGAAAAAAAUCUCGGAAUGAUGCAAAAAAACUGUUGAUUUUAUUUUUAAUAACUUUUUUUAAUAAGUUUUUGGAGCCAACUGUUUUUUUAUUUUGAUAAAAUCAACAGUUUUUUUGCGUUUUUUUGAAAAAUCCCACAAAGCAUUGUUCAAAAACUAUAUCAACUUCUGGCACAAUAUCAGUGUCCUUAAAUUAACCAAACUCAACAAAAAUGUGAAAAAAACAGCUAGAAUCGAGAAUCCUCAGAUGGCAACUGGAAACGAACUGCCGAUUGAUACAAGGCAAAAUGUUGCGAAGGAGCGGCCCCAGCGGACGUCUUCUGGCCGAGUUUUCCUUUCCCCUGCAGCUCUCGGUGGACAUCGUCGCCUCGCGUUUCAACAAGAUCGUUCUGAGAGUCGCCGACCCGUGCAUCUCCUUCUCAAAUGGUAAUGAACCGGUGAAAAACCGAUGCUCAGCUGUUUUUCCAGGCAUUUUCGACAUUUUCCAAGAGUUCCGCGAGCGGAGAACUCUGGCUGCUGCGAUGAAGACGGAGGAAAGCGCGGGUGUAUCGGAAGAACCGCCGUCGGAGCCUCUUCUGAAGAUCGACUGGCAAUUGCAACUGUCGGUCGAAAUCCAAGGGGUCACCGUGAAGUACACAGGCGAUUACCAGGAGGAGAGGUAAUAUUUUUCUCGUUUUUGCUGAAAUCUUGUGCGCGCGUUCAAAGUAAUUUCCGCGAAAUGCAAAAAUAUCUCUGACCCUCCAAAAUUUAAUUGUCUUUCUCUUUCAGUCGUUACGCAACUUUGAGCAUAAGAGAAGUCUCCGUCGGAAGGUUUGACGACAACUUUCAGGUUAAUCGUUGAAUGCAACCGACUUGACAAAAUGCUUAAUUGCAGCUUAAACUAUCAGGUUUCGCCCUUGUUGAUCAACUCCAAAAAAGCGCCGUCCGCACUAGUUUUCUGGAGAUUUCGAUAAGUGUGAGUGCAGAGGGGAAAUUGAGUUCAUUAUUAAUUUUAUAUCCAUCAUUCAACGCUUCUUUCGCUUUUUGAGUUGUAGAUGAGAUCAAGCAUAAGUCUUCAGGAAGCAAAGGAGACGGAAAUAGUCGAGAUCAGCCUUUUCUCGGACAGCAUGCAAACGAUGUUGUCACUUCACGAUGCCAUGUGGUGGCGAAACCACGCCGACUUUCUGAUCCAGAACUUCUCGUCGCACUCCGAGAAGUCGGUACGGAAACAUCUCCCGGGGCAUCUCAAGAUACUGCUUUUCAGAAAUCAGAACGGCUCGAGCCGCAGCGUGACCUGCCGAAAAUUGUCUGCCAGGUACAACUCGCCGCUGUCUCCUGCGAUUUUCAAGACUUUGAAAAUAUCCAGUCUACGCUUUGCGUCGACUUUUUGAGUCUUGUCAAGGUUUUUCAUUUUUUCUCCUGUAUGCAAAAAUUGAAACCUUCUUUAGCAAUUUGCUUUUUUAUUUUCCUCUGACUUGGCCGCUGAGGAAAAAAUAAUACGCAAAUUUUCUAGACUGUUCUAAACUAUGAUCACGGCCUUUUCGUUGAAGCAAGACAAUGCGGAGCCAAAACUCCGCUGUUCUCUCGUGAUGUCAUCGGAAAAAAGUCUAAAAACAGAGGAUAUUAAAGGCACAUGUCUAAUGGGUCCUGAGACGAAUCUACUUUUCAUUUUAAAAAACGCAUUUUUUGAAGCACAUGUCAUGUUCAAAGUGAUCCCGCGAAAUUAAAAAUAGCCGCCGGAAAGUGAAAAAUAUAACUGAACUUCGGAAAUUCAGAGAUUUUUUUGAAUUUCGCGAAAAUUAUUUUGAACACGGCAUGUGUGAGAGCGUCGUGGUGUGUGCACACUUUACGGAAAAAAUAUGGGCGGGGCGAAAAAAAGCCGUGUGAUAAGUGGAUUAUCAAUGAGAGAUUGUUCUCAGAGAGAAGAUUGCUGGGAGGUCGGCGUCGAGGCUCUCAGCUUCUGCUCGGCAUCCGCCUCUGAUGAGAAUCCAUUCCCUAAACCGAACUUCGAACAACAUUACUGGGGCCAAUCGGUAUAAAAUCAACAACAAAAGAGAUCUCGAAGGAUUUUUUCCAGGUCUUCAUCGGUGCUGCCUUGGUGGAGAUCGACGAAACCAAUGAGGUACCACAGGUGACGAUCGGCAUCGAUGACGUCAAAGUUGAAUGGAGCGAGCAGUUGAGCAAACAGGCGAGUUUCUGGAAAGCCAAGCUUCAUGACCAGCAAAUCUAGAUAAAUGACGUGGUAUCCAUUGCCAAGAGCGGCUCGCCCAAAAAAGAGAAGAAAAAAGAGAGGUCUCCGAUCGCCCUACGCGUCACAACCAACAGGUGACGAGAUAGUGUUCUCAUUUACAUGAGGAUUUUUCAGAGCCGUGGUCAUAGCUGUGGCACACGAAACCUCUUUCCUUGCCUUACUUGCGGAAAAACUCGUCGUGGAGUCCGUCAACGUCAAUUCGGGCAUCAGUACUCUUGUGCAAGGAUUCCGAGCUCUGGUCAGUGAAUAUUCACAGAGCAGGCCCGAAAUUUGAAGAACCUAGAAAACGUUAUCCAAAUCUUUCUCAUAGACCUUGUUCGCUACUAAUCGAGACUCUUUUUUGGAGCAAUUUUCGUUUUGUCCGAUCACCACGUCAUUAGAAUUCACCCAAAAGAGAAGUAAAAUUGGCCUGUUCAUUUCUGUAGGGGAAAUAGACGACUCAGGUGAAGUCGGAGGGUGAUUGUUGGCCGCUAAAAGGGAGAGGCUCAAAAAAGGCCUUAGAAAAGUCCCAAAAAGAGUCCCUUAAUGGAGCUUUUCAUUUUUUCUGGCAUUUUAGACGACCAAGAAAUGGUAGAAAAAGGCAGCAAAAAUGGUGCACAAGGGCCGAGAAAAUGGCUCAAAAAGACAGUAAAAAGGAUCCUUAUGGGAGUUUUCAGGUUUGUGCGUCGAGAGAAGACGUCGUGGACGUGAAUGGCUUCCGAACGGUGACCAGAGAAGACAUCGUGGCGCCACAGCCACGAGAAGUGUCGCCCUCCCGCCGUUGGAAUCAGUCGGAACGCGAUCGGCAAGUCUUUUCUGUCCGCUACCAAACAAGGAUUGAAUUUAAGGUCCUAUACCGAAAAAAGAGAAGAUCAGACCGAGAAACUGGAGAAGACUAUACGGCUGGUUCGUUUUCUAUAGACGCGAGUCAGUUUUUCCGAAUUUUUAGUGUUCCACAAUCGAUGAGUUCCGCUUCGCACUCAACUACCGAUCUCCAGUUAUCACGGAGCUUCGUUUCUUUUUUAGCUGCCACGUCUUCAUUUCCUGGUCCCCAAUCCUUCAUCUGAUCCUCCUUCAUGCCCGCAAAGUCACUCAGCAGUUUUCCUCCUGAGCAUUAUCAAAAUAUUAAGAGAAAACUUCAGAGCGUUUCCCUCAGCUUCUCCAGAUGGAUCAGCGAAAAGAAAAGUUCCUCGCAAAUCGCACUUUUACUUGUGCGCGAAUGGGCCCGUUGAAGUCGAGAUGCAGCUGGCGAGAAGCCAUCGGUUUGAUCGAAUCUUGGCCUUUUUUCGAGCUUUUUCUUUGAGGAUCCUGUGGCAGGGCGAUUCUCUCAACUUCCAACUGAUCGAAGGACAACUCACAACUUCGACCAACCAACUUAAAGUUGUUCUGAACUCACUUUGUAUCAUAACUGCGGUGGUAAAAACCAAAUAUCCUAAAAAGAUUCAAAAAAAGGGUUCAGAAUGUGAUGAUCUGCAGCCGACCUUCGGACGAAGCAAUGACCGCCUCCAGAAUAGCCUUCGCGUCACUCGAUUCUGAAGUCAACAAGGUGUUUUUUAAAGCAUAGGCUUUAAAAUUGAACCCAUUAUGUAGGUAUGGACGUGGGCGGCUGAAAAGCUCCACUAUCGUCUUCCUUUUGAGUUCAACUUUGCUCAAGUUUUUGAUGAGGUUUUCCUUUAAAAGUCCACUUAGAGAAUAUUUUUCAGUUUGUGAAUAUUUUCAAAUGGAUCAAACUGGUGCAUGAGGUGAAAAAGAAACCGUUCACGGCAGAAUCUCCUCUUCCAAGUGACAUUCGCAUCGAGUUCAAGGUGUUUCUCCACACUUUUGAUCCACGAUCGGACUGAUAAUGUCUCAUUAGGAAGUGAUACUCGAAUUGGAAGACGACGACUUUGAAACGAGGCUGCAGCAGAGCCAUGAACUCAAGCAAGACGAGGUCAAACUCUACGUGAUUCUCAGAGUUUACCUGUGGUUCCAGGUUUACGAAUGCGAGCGCCGAAGCCAAAUUCUUCAAGAACGACUGAUCGCCUUGAAAAAAACAGUUCCGCUUAUUUCCAGUAAGUAAUCUCUCACUUGGGAUGUUAAUUCAUUGGCACCUGGAGGGUUCUCUCUAGGGACCACUAAAGCUUGCAAAAAUGGUCCCUCUAGGGGUUUUAGUUAGUGGCCCCUAUAGGGAACAAGCUGAUCGAUAAUUUUUGUGUACUCAAUGGAAAGAAGCGAAAAAUUAAAUAAAUAAGCGUUUUUUCAAUGAAAUUGAAAGACCCCUAUAGGGGCCACUCAAGCUUCAGAGGCUAAGGGUCAGACCCUAAACCCCUAAAGGGACUUCCUUGAUUAUACCCCAUAUAGGAAUCACUUUUUCGGCCUCUAUAGAGCUAUUCUUCCCCCUAAACCCUAUAGGAACCACUCUGGAAUUCCUAAGGAGUAUAACCGAGGUCCUAUCCUGAUAUUAGUGAUAAUCAGUGGACUGGUUUCAGAGACAUGUCCGCCCUUGUGAUUACUAGGGAUUAUGAAGCCCAGGUUCACAACCUGUUGCGCUACACCCCCAUAGGAUAAUCGAAUAUUAGAAUAAAUUCUCCUUCCCAACGGAGUCGUUCAGAGGAGACUAUCGAUGAGAUUAUGGCGAGUCUGCUGCAGAAGAACAGCGAAAUCUACAUCCAACGGUGGAACCGGACAGAACUGGAUCAGAGGUUCGUUUUGUCCCCACUUUUUCUACGUCUGUUCCAGACCCUUGUUCAUUUCGAAGUGGACUGGCUGGAGCAUGAGAGCUUUUGCGGAUAAAUCGCUCCACGGCACUGAUAGAUGCGUCGAACUCAUGAAAAUUUUCGAUCCUCUUAGGUAUUCGCCUUCUUGAACCCUUUUUCGAAGGACUUUCAGUGAAUUCCCCGAAGAUGGACUCCAGUUUUCGACCUUGUGGGCUCGCGCCGUAGAGUUCGACCUCGAUGAGUGGACCAUCAAUUUCAAGGUGCCGCGAGGGCUUUCAAUAAUCCUCCACAGUUCUUUCAGGACUACUCGAUGAAGUAUCUUGACGCGAAAGAUUUGCAUUUCUUCGGGACUCUGGUGGGCGCCGAGACGUUCCAAGGUCUGUGUCUGACUUCCUUAAAAAUGGUUUUAUCGCACUUGUAUUAACAAAUACCUCAGGUAAAAGGCUCAAAAAACUCAGGUAACAGGUAGUUAAGAAGCUUCUGCUUCCGGUUCCUCGGAAGGCGUUUGGAAACUGUCCAGCAAGGGGUCAAAAUUCUUCCAUAUACCUUUCCAAAACUUCUACUUACCUUCGAGUGCUGGAAGGUUUCUGGCAGGCAUUUUCACUUUAUUACCUUUCAAAGACCAUCCAAUAACCUUCUGAACACCUUACCAAAGCCUUCUCUAGGACUUCUAGAGUUCUUUGACUUUUCAACCACCUGCUGGUUACCUUCCGAACACCUUCCCAGGAAUCGCCUGAGUAUAGUCCGUUUUCCGCGAUUUGAAAGAGCGGGACUUCUCUGCGCCCUCUUCGUCUCUCGACGACCCUCUGUUUUUGACGCGCUAUUUUUGCGUUUCUGUGACCUCGCCGGCGAGGGAACAGAGAGACGCAGACACGGGAAAACUGUCGUGGCGAACGGACUCAGUGAAAUAUAGUCUGUUCAGAUUUUGAAUGUCAAGUUCUCGCUCAAGCUCCGCCUCCUAAUGAAAAAAAAACCAAUCAGAGAGCGAGCCAUGCGCAGAGCUUUUCGAAUGACGUCAUUCUACUUGACAUUCAAAAACUGAACGGACUAUAUUUUUGUACCUCGAUUACUUUUUUGAAAGUUUGAUAUGAGUACCACAAUCCAAAAAUCUUUGAAAAUCAGAGCAAGAGAGAACGAUGGAACAAACAAAAGAACCGUUGGAAGCGAAGGUUGAACGAAUUUCAGAAGGCGGCCGUUCUUUGCGCGAAUCGUCCAUUCCAGUGCCUUCUCCGUGGUCAACCCACGUCAUCCAACGGAACAUGUCCCCUCUGAAGUUCUACUACGACCUCCAGUGCGGUGAGACCUGGAUCGAAUGUAGGAGAGAUUAAGGCGUUUCUCAGCGAGUACGGAGUUCACUGCGACCUACGGACCUUGUUGGGAGCCAUGUCUGUCGAUGAUCUCCCUCAACUGGAACAACAUCUCGGCUCCGUCCAAAGAUCCGUCUCCUCCUCUACCUUUCUGGGAUAAAAUGCGACUGCUCCUCCAUGGACGACUACUCUGGUCCAGUGAAAAGGUACAUUUUCAAGUAGACAUGGUUUCCAUUAAUUACUAGGAUGCUUGUUUUCGUAUAUAGCUUAUAUAGCAGAAGUAUAAAAAACGGAUAAAAAAACUUCAACGUCUUUUAUUGAACCUUGAAAGUUAGCGCUGUUCUGUGAGGGGCAACCUUAGGAGCCCUUGAAGGGUCCCUUCUAGGGACCUCUGAAACUUGCGAAAGUGGUCUUUAUAGGGGACGUGCUAAUCAAUAAUUUUCAUCAACUCUAAGCCAAGAAGAAUUGACAUGCAAAAAACUAAGAAAAAAACCCUCUUCGAAUAAAAUUGAACGACCCCUUAAGGACCACUUAAGCUUUAGAGACCCUAAAUCCCUAUAGGGGCCACUUUUUCGGCCACUAAACCCUUAUAGGGACAACUCUAAAAUUCCUAAUCCUGGCAUCAGAUGGUGACGACGAUGCUUGCUUCUACGGAUCCAUACAACGAAACAGAAACGGUCGAAUGGUGUUGGGACGACUUCGGGCUGGACUGGGCUUUGGGAGAAGUUCGGGUCAAGUCUGGUCUACGGGUCUUCAUGAGGACUGCUUCGCGCUACGACGAUUCCCGAGUUUUGAUGCUGCCCGAUGUUCGGCUCAAGAUCUUACUAGGUGUGGGAGAAUAUAAUUGUGUUUCUUAGUGUGGGAUUCAGGUUGGGUUUGUGCUGGAGAUCCGAAUGACCACCAUUCCGUUGUAUACUGCUCUCCUCAACGACUACCUCAUUAUUCCUCCGUGAGGCAAACGUGACCUAAAACAUCAUUUUCCGAAUGUCCCAGGUGGAUCAACACGACUCCUUCCGCUCGUUUCGUUCUUCUAGCGUCAACGUCACCUUCAACUUUGAAGUGUCCCCUGGAAGUUGCACUUCUGCGGAGAAAAUGCCCAACGUCCUUCUCUAUGCCAACACCUUCAGGUGUAUCGAACAAUUAUUGGUAGAUCUCCGAGUUGAUUUGGAACAGCUCUUAUAUCAUUUGCAGAAAACUUUGACGAUGAAAAAUCGAAACGUUCGCAGAGGAAGAGUUUUUGGCAACUGGGCACUUCUGAAGCCGCAACUGAGCAAGCAUUUCGGGUAAAUUUUUUUUUUCGAAUUUUUUCCAGUUGCAAAAUUUUUUUGGCUUUGAGUAUUGAGAAAUAAGUACAAUCAAAAUGGAGUUUUCAAAGAAAUUCAACUUUUUUUUUUAGUUUUUCAAACAAUUUUAUAGUCGAUUCAUGGAUAGCUUGGGACUCCAAAGGGGCGUGGCCUGUCUGCCUCUCCACCAGCCAGGCACUAUCUCUUUUUUUUUCGUGUCAGGACCCUUUUUUUUAGCCGUGAAUCAGCUGUACUUAGCUUUCAUAUGGGGGCUUUCUUGAAUCUAGACUUUCUCAAAUGCUUGUUUAAAAAUCCUCGAUCAUCGUAUUAAAGGUCAUGCAAAACUUCUGCGCCUUUAAGUAUCCACCGAAUGGAUUUUGUACAAAAACAAAAAGUUUCAGGUGCAUUUUUUGCAGUUCAAAGUUUUCAGAAAAAUGCAAGUCUCCGUCACACUUCCAAAGUUCUUUGUGACUUACUGGAUGUCGCACUCCUCGGCCUUCGGAUUCCGUGUCUUCUCCGACGGACUUCAGAUGACGGCUUCGUUCCGUCAGUCAGUACAGCACUCGUCAUUGAAUCGUGUAGGCUGGCUUUUUCUCCACGACGAACAAAACUCUGACCUCCAGGAGAUGAACGUCCGUCGGCGGAAGGUCUAUUCCUGGGAGGUGCAGCACAUGACCUGCACCCUCUGGGCCACGCAAGUCCACGUCUACGGAACCACGUCGGCGCCGCCUCCAGACGGUGUUCCUAUCGACGAGACCUUUCUCCUGGGCUUCAGUCGAGUUCAGUACGCAAGAGAGACCUACCCCGGCAAGGAGAAGGAGACGCCCGUCCACAAGCUCACCGCCUACGACCUCAAAGUUUCCAACAAAAAAUUCAUUCAUGAGAAAAAUCAUCAGAUGUCGUGGACUGCCGAGAACCGCAAUUCUUGCUUGACUAUUGCCGACGGCGUUCAUCGAGCCCACAUGUUAAGGAGGAUUCUGAGUAACGACGCCGUGAAAAUUCUCAACGUUGGUCUUUUAUGCUGCUUUUUUCUGCAGAUCGAGCUUUUCAGGUGCAUCUGGAAGAGGAGGAGGCGUCGAGAAGAGAGAAAAAGGUGGCUGAAUUGAAUCGGGAACGCGAGGAAGCCAACAAAGUUUGAUGGUCGUGUUGAUCGUAGUUAAUAUUCUGAAUGGAAGGCACAUCGUCGAGGCUACAGCAUGAGCGACGCCAACCAAUGGAUGCUGACGCAACUCAUCGAGGAGGCCGGCACCAAACUCGUCGCUCACUGUGAACAGGUCCUUGCAAAGAGAAUAUUGUUGAGGAAGUCGGAAAUUUAUCUGUUUUGGCGAACCACUGCUCAGCUAUGUGAAGAGUUCUGUUUCCAAUAAGGAGGACCAGUUUUACCUGAGAAAGCAUAAGUUCGGAUUUCAGUCGUUUCGGUACUGUAUUUUUUCUGAUUCAUACCUUGUAUAAACGGAGUUCAGUUAGAAGCUUCGGUAUGAAAGACCCCGAUUCCUAGAAAAAAAACUAUGGAAACGGAAGGUUGAACAGAAUUUCCGGUAAAGCUGAUUAACGGAUGGCUUGAGCAAUAAAAAAGGGUCCUGACACGAUAGGAAAAAAGGCAGUGCCUGGCUGGUGGAGGGCGCAGAAAGGCCACACGCCCCUUAGCGUCCCAAGUUAGCCGUGACUCGGCUAUAUCAUUCCCAUCGGCUGCAUUUUGGGAAGUUCUCAGGCGACGGACGUCCCGAUCGACUCGCUAGUGGGAGUGCAGCAGUGUACGGCGGAUGACGUGCGACUUCUCAACUGGCAAGUCGACUUGUUCAACAGCCAACUCGUGCUCAAGGGCUGCGAGAGAGACGGCUUCCUGCUGGUCUCUGCCGCCAAAGCACAGCUCCUCCAGAAUGUCCGUCCCGACCCAGUCCCUCUUUAAUUUCCGCCCUGUUUCUAGGUUCAUCGAAGCGUUUGGCGUAGCGGACUGCUCUUGAGCAAGAAGUCGUGGAGCGCUUUGCUCUCAGGAAUGCAGGUAUAAACUUCUUCUCUUCCAAAUUUUGAGAUACAUUUUAGUACUUUGCUCCCAUCUCGGUCACUGGAGAGAAUAAGCAGAAAUUUCGAUGGUUGCCACGAGAGGUUUAUUUCGAUCCAAACAGAAUUAGGGAUCUUUUUUUCUCCUGUAGGUGAUAGAAGAGAGGGUGCAAGACACUGGUUUCGCCGACGAUUUCGUUCAAAAGUUCUCCGCUUCUGGGGAAGCCGUCGGCGGCGUCGUUCAACCUGGUGAACCACUCUCCUCGGAUAAUUUUCCAUUGUUUCAUUUCAGAAACAUCGAAUGGAGAAAAGUCGCAACUGCAACGUAUCGUGUCGCGUUGCAGCUGCCAAAUAUACUUUUGCUACUUUUCCGAUGAACUGAAAACCGAAACCAGCGAAGAUAUAGCUGUUCCGAAGGUCUCCUCUCGAAAAGUUUGAGGGAAAAGCCGUGAGUUUUAGGUUGAAGAGAGCAAAAGAGUGAUGGCUGCUGAUGAAAUCGGAGUCGAUUGCCUCACGUUGAAGCACAACAUGCUGGAAGCAACUAGCAAUUCAGAACAGGUAAUGGAAGGGCUGCUUUAAAAGUGCACCCGACCACUAACCGACUUGCGCGCGACCCUUUGUUAAAGUCUAGGGGAUUAGUAGAAAUUAUUAAUCGUCGCCAUAAAAAGUUGCACUAAUAAAAGAAAAAAUGAUGUGCUUAGAGCUUUGGUAACAACAGAAAAUAUUUAAAAUUGAAAAAAGCGAAAAUUCGAGCGUGUUGUCCAAAGAGCAACUUUACUGCAGAGCGCCCUUUUGCGGGAAAUCAAAUUUUUUCCUCUCCGACUUUGAAUUCUUUCUUGCCAAGGAAGUUCUGUACGUCUCCAAAUAAAUCAUUCGAUUAUCAAUGAAAGGCUCUAAAAAGUACUUCUUUCAACUGAAACAACUUUUUUGAACUUUUUUUUCAGUAUGAAAUGGUCGUCGACAUUGUCAACAAUCUCGUUCUCUUUGUCGACCCAAAUAAAAAGGUUUUUUUCCCCAAAAAAUCACCAUCCUUUCUUCGAUUUCUUCCAGGAACUAGCCGAAAAACGACGAAGGCUUCGUUUCGAGUCGCAGAUUAUGGACAUGGGGGAACUUCGACAGAAAAUUAUGCGAUUUCAGGUUAUAAAAGCUGUCCAGAGAUCCCAUUUUAAUACAAUUUUUACAGUCGGACUUGCGAGAAAUCGUCUCGGUUGUGAGGUACUUGGAACGCCAGAUAUUUUACCUUCAUCAGGAGCAGGAACCGCAAAACGUUGGUUUUUGGGCAAUUGAAGAUAUAUAGGAGCUCCAGAGUGGUCCCUAUAGGGGCAACCUUAGGGCCCUUGGUGGGUAUUUCUAGGGACCACUUUACCAAUCUUCAUAGGGCCACUGAAGCUGGCAAAAGUGGUCCCUAUAGGGGAAUGCUAGUGAAGAAGCAUUUCUAUGGGAAAAACUGGAUAAAUAAGCGGAUUUUGAAUGAAAUUGAAGGACCCCUGUAGGUUCCACUUGAGCUUUAGGGGCUAAUGGGUCAGAUCCUAAACCCCUAUAGGGACCACCUUGGUUUUACCCCUAAAGGAACCACUUUAGCUUUAGGGGCUAAGGGGUCAGACCCUAAGCAUCUAUAGGGCCCACCUUAAUUUCAUCCCUAAAGAGACCACUUUUUCGGCCCCUAUAAGGGUUUUUCUCCUCCCUAACCGCUAUAGGGACCACUCUGGAACUUCUAAGAUAAUACGUUUAAACUUUGAAAAUCGGGCACCUUUUGUAGGACGACAGUUCUCUGAGUGAAGAUAGGAGAAAAAGUAUUGAAACUGAAAUGGAGGAGAAAAAACAAUUGAUGCUCGUGGUGUCGGAUCAGCUGGCCACCUACAUUAGGUUCGUUCUAACUUGAAAUCGUAGUCGAAAAAGGCUUUUUUCAGUUGUUUCAAACAGCGACAGGUGAAUGCGUCCAAGGCUGAGGUGCAGGAAAUGGAAACGGACGCCUCCGCGCCGCUCGUUCGUCGCUUCGAGGUGAUCCUGCUAGAUUCAAAUUCCGUGUCUCGAUUUGUGUGAAAUACGAAGAAAUUUAUAGGAUUUUUUUUAACAAACCAAGAGGAAAGUUUGAGUAUCUAAUAUUUACCGAUGUUUUGUAUCAUGGACUUGAAAGGCGAGGUUAGCAGGAGUGAAGCGUUGCGUGUGCGAUGCGGCUUUUGGCGGGGACCUUGAGGUCAUAGGUAAUCAUCUCUCAUGCUUAUUCACGGCUAGCUUGAGAAGCAAAAAGGUGUGGCCUAUCUGCACUCUCCACUAACCAGGCACUAUCUCGUGCAUUAUCCUGUCAGGACCCUUUUUGAUGGCUCAAGCCAGCCGUGAAUCAGCUAUAGCUCAGCCGUGCUAAAACGGGGUCUCAGCUGGUGUUUGACCUCGGGAUCCCCGCCAAGAGCCGCCUCGCACACGCAACGCUUCAACCUUGCCUAUCAACCUAUCUUGCCUUUCGAGUCAGGAAAGAUUAACUAAAAAUUUUCAAAUAGUUGUAAAUGAUUGGAUUUCAAACGAUUUUGUUCCGAAUGAGCUCCUCUAACUGAAAGUUCAAGGUGUGCUUCGAAGACUGCAUCUGGAAGUUGACUGAAAAUGACGGUCAGAUCGCCCUGGCUCAAACGCAAAUUCGCAACUUCCUGUACACUCGGACGAUUCGCAUGGAGAAUUCAGGAGAGCACCUGUUCGAGAUCGGCUCCAUCCGCGUCACCAACUUGUUGCCUGAGGCUACCUACCCUCACACCUUACAUCGGUUCGUUUUUGCUUCCCGGUGACCUUGAAGUUGUAAGGCUUGGAAGAAAUAUUUUUGAAUUUCGUAUUGAAAGAAUAUUUAGAAUAGUAUGUUUAAGUUAAUCUUUAGAAAAGAAAGGUAGAGUUCAUAUGGUUAUCAGAUCUCUCUUUGAUACAAAACAGUUUUUUUUUUGGCAAGUUCAGAGGAACCAUACUUAGAAACUCCAGAGUGGUCUUUAAAGGGGCAACUUUAGAAGCCGUUGGAGGGUCCCCUCUAGGUAGUGGUCCCUCCUCUAGCGCAUUUAACAACCCCUAUAGGGGUCACUAAAGCUUGCAAAAGUAGUCCCUCUAGGGGUUUUUUGGGGAGAUGAUAAUCGAUGAUUUUUAUGUACUCUUUGCAAAAAGGAUUUCCAUGGCAAAAGCUGAAUAAAUAAGCGUUUUUUAAAUGAGAACGAAAGAUCCCUAUAGGGACCUCUUUUUCGGCCCCCAUAGGGGCUUUUUUCUCCCGAACCUAUAGGGGUCAAACUUCCUGAGUAGCAAGACUUCAUAACUCUCAAAGCAAGAAACAUGUUUCAAUGAUUUUAUAUAUGACGAUGCACCUUUUAGUCCUAGUAAAGGAUUCUUACUGUGUGACUAAACCGAAUGAAAGUGUUCCAUGGUAGCUGAUCAAAUCUGAGAUGCACAAAACCUUCACUCUUCGCAAUUAAGCGACGACUCGAAACAUUUGGGACAACCGGCAAUCCGUCUUUUCGUGCGCGACAUGCCCCCGGUCGGCGGCAUCUGCGUCAAAGAACACUUCGAGCUGAACAUCUCGCCGAUGGUGGUCGGCAUCACCCAUCGGCUCUUCGACAAGAUGAUGCAGUUUUUCUUCCCGGGCCGCAACAUUCACAACCAGGAGAACUUGGAUUCCAACGAAGGAGAGGCUUCGAAAUUCUCAUUCACUCGUCGGAUCGCCAACACCUGGAGCAUGCGAAGCAACAAGAGUCAGAACGAGAAGAAAGUUUCCUACCUGGGAAAGGUAUGGUUUUUGGGAAACGCGAAACCGGGUCAUUCCAGACUGGAGACGUCAAGGAUGACAUCGACCGGAUGCGUGAACGUGCCGACCAGAUCAAUCACUUUUUGUACAUAAAAAUCCCGGAAGUUUCUUUCGUCGUUUCUUAUAAGGUUAGUCAAUCAGUGGGCGUGAUAAUUACUUCCAUUAGGAAACAUUUCCCCCAGUUGAACUUUUUGAUGAAAGCUUCAAAGACCGCGAAAUUGACAAAAACGCUUUUUCAAGGUUUUGAAGCGCCUUGGGUCGGGAACUUCUCAUAGGUAUCAUUUCGAAGCUUUUAUGCGUUGAAAAAUUCAAAUUCUUAUUUUAAUUUCAAAGCAAAAAAAAGUAAAACGAGAUGUAUGCGUUUUUCCAAAUUUCUUUCAUCCUGGGAAACCAUCCUCUGUAGGGAAACAAGGAGAAAAACUUGACCGACGUCGACCGCUUCAACUUUCUGUUCCCCCUGUGCGAGUUCCACGAGAAGAACUGGACGUGGCUCGACCUGGCGCUGGCCGUCAAGCAGCGGUGCAAAAGAGUCCUACUCCAACAGGUGCGAAGCUUCAUCCUAUUCAAAUUCCUCCUUAUUUGCAGUUUAUGCGUCAAAAACUUUUGCGUAAUCGGCUUACGGGCGGACCAGAAUCGCCAUUACCUCAGGGCUUCACUGAAGAAGAGAAGAAACGAAUCGCCGUCGGCAUGGUUCGUUUCCAAUUAAUAGAACAUUUCCAUUCGAUGUUUUUUCUCUAAAACCUCGUUUCCAAAAGGCUUCCCGAUAAUAUAAACAUUUUCGUCUAUUCCCAUCUGGUAUUUUCAGACGAGCGCCGUGGAGAAGAAGCGAAAGAAAUGA